AUGAAUACUCUAUCUAUGUUUACAAAUGUGGUACUUGCUUUGACUAUCGGUCUCUGUUGCUACAGUUCAGUCAACUGUCAACCGGCUCUCAACUAUGAUGGAUUUCAUCCUUAUGGGGAAAAUAAUCAACGUGCUUUAAUAUCAAGAGCAAUUUAUGGUCCCCUUGUUGCUAAACGAGUGCCACCUUAUAUAACCGGAGGAAUUCGUUAUAAAAAAUACAGUGAAGAAGAUAGCUGA